AUGCGAUCCGAUGCGAACGAGAGGUCCCAACAGGGCCACUCCUUCCGUCAAGGGAAGGAAGAAGAUGACGGUGUUGAAGGGACUACGGUAGGGGUUUUCAAAGGAGCAAAUGAAAUUGUGUUGAAUACCAAGGCAACCGCCGGAGCGACAGUGGCUCAUUUAUUAGACUUCAUGGCUUCGCUACUGACACCCAUGAGUACGUACGUUUAA